AUGUUAGAAGAGCUUAAAGCUGAAAAAAAGAAUUUAAAGAAAUUGAAGAAAGAUGAUAAUGUUAAAAAUAGUACUUAUAAAUAUGAAUCUUUUGUUCUUAUAAAUAAGAGAGCGGAUCUUUCAUUCUUCAGAUAG